AUGAAGCACUCUGCUCAAGCUCUUGUUGGACUUUUGCUCCCGUCCCUCAUAUUUGCCCGUGUAUAUCCCAGGUCUAAUACCACUGAACUCGGAUUAUUGGCUACUGGUAAUGUCGACCUUGGGGAUUGGGCUGAUGCUUACGCAAAAGCUCAAUCUCUUGUUGCUAAGAUGACGAACGAGGAGAAGAUCAGCGUUAUCACUGCAGGUUCUGUCGAAUCUGCUGGUUGGAAGGCGCUUAACUUUAAGGAUAGCGCUCAGGGUCCUCAAGGUACACCUCACUCUCUACAACACAAUGUGAACGGGAAUGCUAACUCGGAUUCAUAGGUUAUGAGUAUGCCACUGGUUUUGGAAUGACCUCGGCUCUGGCUCAAACAUGGGAUAAAGCAGCUAUAUAUGAGCAGUUCAAAGCUAUCGGGGACGAGUUCUACGGCAAAGGUUUCCAGGUUGCCAAUGGUCCAUCUACACAACCGUUCGGGAGAACACCUUACUCAGGCAGACUGGCUGAAGGGCUGGGUCAGGAUGCUUAUUUGAAUGGUGUUGCUACUGGACUUGGCACCAAGGCCUUCGUUGAUGCUGGUGUCAUUUCUGGUGGUAAACACUUUCUACUUAACGAGCAAGAGACAAAUCGCGCUUUGAGGGGUGAUAAGCAGCCUUACUCUGCUGUCGUUGACGAUAAGGCUUUGCACGAGACUUACCUUUGGUACGUUCCUUCCAAGCACCCCUCUCUUCCCACAACUAAUAUGAUAUAGGCCUUUCUACGAUGCCAUCAAGGCAGGAAUGGGAAGUGUCAUGUGCGCUAUGAACAAAGUAAACGGUUCCUUGUCGUGCGAAAACUCCGACCUUCUCAACAAGCUUUUGAAGACCGAACUUGGAUUUCCUGGUCAAGUACAGCCUGAUGUCUCCGCACAAGCUACCCCUUUUGGCUCUGCAAAUGGCGGCCUUGAUUAUGGAUCCUCCAGAAUCUGGGGCACACAGACAUUGAUUCAAGGUAUUGCUAGUGGUAAUCUCUCCCAAGCUCGUCUCGAUGACAUGGCUAUUCGAAACAUUAUCCCAUACUAUAAAUCAAACCUCGCCAACGGCAAACAGCCACCGCUCGCCCAACAAACUGACUAUGUCGACGUUCGAGCGAACCACAGUAAAAUCGUCCGCAGCGUUGGGGCCGCCUCCAUUGUUCUGUUGAAGAACAUCAAUAAUGCCCUUCCUCUUUCAAAGCCUCGCACCAUGGCUAUCUUCGGCAACAGUGCUGGUCCAGCUACAGCAGGCCCCAACUACCAGUUCACGGUGGACGGAAGCCCUUCAACUUACAAUGGCCACCUCGCGGGAGGAGCAGGUUCAGGAAUGACUUCUUUCCCGUACCUUAUCACUCCACAGCAUGCACUCACCAGCCGCGCUGCCGAAGACGGAACCAUGAUCCGGUGGAUUCUAAACAAUACCUAUACCAAUACAAUUCCCUCUCUCCCUACGCCGCCAGGAUUACCCCCUCUCUUGUCUGGUGGCACCGCCCUCCACCUAGACAUUCCCCCUUACGCAACUGGAGCUGAAGUCUGUCUCGUAUUCAUCAACGCUUUCGCAGGCGAGGGAGGAGAUCGUACCGAGCUCCGAAAUACAGAACAAGAUGCUUUGAUUACCACCGUCGCGUCCCAUUGCCCUAACACCAUUGUAGUCAUCAACACAAUCGGUACCCGUCUCGUGGAGUCCUGGAUCGAGAACCCCAAUGUCACAGCUGUCCUCUACGGCAUGCCUCUCGGACAGGAAUCAGGGAACUCGAUCGUGGAUGUCCUCUACGGAGCCGUCAACCCCAGUGGUCGUCUAACCCACACCCUCGCUAAGAAUGAGGGCGAUUACCCGGGGAUCUGCACAGAACUCGUGUGUAACUUUGUCGAGGGCAACCUGGUGGAUUACAAGUACUUCGAUUCCGCGAACGUGGAGCCGCGAUUCGAGUUCGGUUUCGGAUUGAGCUACACCACAUUCAGUUACUCAGAAGUCACCAUCACCACCACCAAGCCCGAGGCUCUGGCUAGCAAAUACGCCACAGGGAAAGUUGGUGUCGGCGGUAGGACGGAUCUGUGGGAUGAGGUGGCUUCGGCUUCUGUCACUGUUACCAAUAAUGGGACGGUGGACGGUGCGGAGGUUGUACAGCUGUAUAUCUCUUACCCCGAGGAAGCUGCGCAGCCUGUGCGUGUACUGAGGGGAUUCGAGAAGAUUACGCUUCCGGUUGGGGGUCAAGGGAGUGUGGAUUUUGGUUUGAAGAGGAGGGAUUUGAGUUUUUGGGAUGUUGAGGCGCAGGAGUGGGCGGUUGCUAAGGGGACUUAUAUGUUGAGUGUUGGUGCUAGUUCGAGGGAUUUGAGGGUUAGUGGGACGUUGGUUGUUUGAGGUUAUGAGGGGGGAAAUGGAGUUCUCAGUGGAUGAAAUUUGGACAGGGGCGUUGUGGUGUUUAUAGAUUCGGCUUGGUUUGACGUAUUGCUCGGUGAUUGUUUUGGUGGUAGACUAGUGUUUA